AUGAAUAUCCUACUUAGAACCAAUAGAACUUGUACAACGUCCACAUUAAGACGGUUUGUAUCCCUGGAAGCCCAUCGAGAAGGCAAGAGGUUUAUCCGUACAGUUGUGUCUAAUGGUGGAGGGAAGCAAGGAGGAGACUUCUACUCCAAUAUGAAGAUGGAUGGAAAUGAAAGAACUGGAAUGAAAUGGGCUAAACAUUCAUUGGCUGUGCCGAUUCCCCGAGAAGACACUUCUACCACUUCUAACACCGACGCCGGUAGUGGCCAGUUCUCCUUUGCAUCGAUAGAAAUCCCUGAAUCCGAGACCCACAGAAUGACUAAGAACAGUAGAAGAAGUCGCUUCAAUAAAUCCGAAACCAAAGAAACCAAAGACAGUUCAAUAUUAGCAACAGUUGAAGAGCCAAAGAUAACACAGACAGCAACUACCACAACACAAACAGAACCCAGUACAACUGCAUCAACUGCGUCGACUGAGACUAAACCUAAGAAGAGAAGAGUACUCAAACCACGUAAAGCAUUAAUCUCACUUUCACCAAAUGCAGUUCUUCAUCUCAAAGACUUACUCAAUCAACCUGAGCCCAAACUGAUUCGAAUUGGAGUCAGAAACAGAGGGUGUUCAGGUUUAACAUACCAUUUAGAGUAUGUUACUGAGCCUGCUAAAUUUGACGAGUUGAUUGAACAAGAUGGUGUUAAGGUGUACAUUGAUUCCAAGGCUUUAUUUAGUAUUGUUGGUAGUGAAAUGGAUUGGCUUGAUGAUAAAUUAUCGUCUAGAUUUAUAUUUAAGAACCCCAAUUCAAAGGGUACUUGUGGUUGUGGUGAAUCUUUCAUGGUAUAA